AUGGCGUCGUCCAGCACUUGCCGCAAGGCGGUCACGGGCCUGCUCCGGAACCUCUCCCGAGCCUCAUCCUCUACGUCAUCAUCAACAUCGCCAGCACCGUCUCUCGCAAAUGUACGGUGCUUCUCGGCUUCGUCGUCGUCGUCGAAACAAUCCGUGCAGCCCGCUCCGUCCUCGGCAUCCUCGUCUCGUGCCCCUUCCACCUCGAAAGCAUCGUCCAAGAAGGUGAUCAAGACGAUUCCGGCCUCCUCUCCCUUCCUCGAUAAGCCUAUGCCCAUGGACUUCCCCUCGAGCACGCUUCGCGCUUUUCCGUCGCUGCUUCACUUUGCCGACCCUGUGCUGGAUCCUCACCCGGACAACGUGAUCCGCUCGACGCCCACCACCUCCACGCCAUACCCUUCCAGCGUCACCUUCCUCAACGAGCCACGCAUGUUCGAGCCUACGCCACCCUCUGCCGACUCGCUCGUGCUCUCCUCGGGCUCCGACGCCGACGAGGUCAACUCGGAGCAGUACCUCUCCACCGUGACGCCGCUGUCGGUCAAAGAGGUGCGUGACCUCCAUCGACACGCCAUCGUGCUCAAGCGUGUCGUCCACAUGACCACCAAGGGCAAAGACGCCAGCAUGUACGCACUCGUCAUCGCUGGCAACGGCAACGGCCUCGUGGGCUACGGCGAGGGCAAGGACACCAACGCAUCCAAAGCGGGUCGCAAGGCCUUCCACGAGGCGGUCAAGAACCUCGACAGCGUCGGCAUCCACAAGGGCAGCGAUGGGUCGCGCACCAUCGAGACGCAGGUGGAAGCAAAGUGGGGCGCCAGCCGCGUCGUGAUGCGCCCGCGACCCGCCGGCUUCGGCCUUCGCGUGCCACCCGUCAUCCACGCCGUCUGCCGUUCCGUCGGCAUCACCGACCUCAGCGCAUCGAUCUACGGCUCCACCAACCCGGUCAACGUCGUCAAAGCCGCGCUCCAGAUCCUGUGGGGCGGGGCAGCACCGCUCGGCAUGGGUGAUGGUGUCGGUGGACAGAUGCGUCGCAAGGACAAGGGCAGAGGCAUGCGCGGUCGCAUCGACAUCGAACGCAGCCGUGGCCGUCGCAUCGCCGAGGUCAACAUGUCCAAGUGA